GAGGGGGCGCUUUUCGCCAGCCCCCUUGCAGCCUCGCUCAUCACUAAAUAAUGCUGACUGUAGUCUUCGUCUUCUGGAUAUUAAAAAAGAAUGCAUUUGUUUGUCUAUUCUUUUUGACCAGUGAUGGCCACCCCCGAGAGAUGAAUCCUAGCUACAGAAAAUGUCUUUUAUUUGCACAGAUGAAGAAGAUAAUAACAAAAGCACACGGCAAAAGACCAAUCCCGACAAGACGCGCAGUCUGAAGGCAGGUCGGGUAUUCCUCUGUGAACCCUCUCACAGCUCUAAGACAGAUGUCCAGGUCAUGAGAACCAAAAGGAAAGUGGAGGACGACGAUUCGGUUCCAGCCAGGAAGAAGCUGAAAAGUUGUGAAAUUAUUGAGGUCGACAAGGUGUCAUCGAGUACUUCAGGGGACAAUGAAAGCCUGCUAUGUCCUGAAGUGGACGCAGAACCACAUUUCCAAGCAAAGGAUGGAGAAGAAAACGAUGAUGGUGCCUCAGGAGUUUGCUGGGCUCAACUGGAGCUCAAAUAUGUGCAAGAAAGACUUCUAGCUGAAGGAGGCUGUGGAUCUGUAUUUGCCGGCUACCGCAAAGUAGACAAUUUCCCAGUAGCAAUCAAGCACAUCCCAAAAGACAACAGUUUAAGUCUACAGAAAAAUAAAGACAGAAUCAACAUUUCCUCAGAGGUUGCGGUUAUGAAAAGGCUUGCUAAACACAAGCCCGAGGGCCGCUCACCAUACGUCACCCUGCUGGACUGGUACGACUUGGGCCGAAAGAUUAUUCUGGUGAUGGAGAGGCCCAUUCCCGCUAUGGACCUCACUGAAUACCUUUGCAAAAAAGGAGGGCGCCUUGAAGAGAGUGAGGCUAAGGUAAUAAUGAAACAGCUUGUGGAUGUGGCUCUAAAACUUCAGGAGCAGCGCAUCUUCCACCGUGACAUCAAAACAGAAAACAUCCUUAUCGAGAGAACCCCCGAUGGUCUUCACGUACGUAUCAUUGAUUUCGGUCUUAGCUGCUUCACCAAGAAACGAUCGCUCUACAGACUAUUUUUUGGAACUCCUACACUGGAACCCCCAGAGUGGCUCCGCCAUCAAUCUUACCGGGCUGGCCCCACUACUGCGUGGCAGAUUGGUACGGUACUCUUUGAAAUCCUCCACGACGACGUGGAAUUCCAGACAGAAGGCUUCCUCAAGGAGGAGAUAAAAAUUUGCUCAAAGUUAUCAAACGGUUGUCGGGAUUUCCUGAAGAAGAGUUUGACCGCAGAGCCUGAAGAACGGCCCACCCUGAAAGAGCUUCGACAUCACCGGUGGCUGAGUGAACCCCGGAAGGGUCACCAUGAGCGCCGGGAUGAAGGUCACCAAAACGUCAGCUUCAAAUACAGUUUUAACAACCAACUAAAACAGUAAAUGCUAUAAAGUAAAGAUUCUUGUCCAUCUACCGUUUGUCCAAAUUUCAAGUCCAAAUUUUCAGCUUUUACAGACGAGAGCAAUGCAUGGUGGUAACACUUUAUUGUUAUCAGAUG